AUGUAUCAAGGGAGACACGUGAAGCUGGAGAGGGACAAAGCAGGCAAAUUGACAUGCCCUUGCAACGCAUAUGGGCAUCGGAAUGCUGCCAACGUCCGCUCGCAUUCAGACAAGGCUCAUAAUGACGAAAUGCAUCUUAUAACCACUGACUUUGCCGGCGGCGGCAAGGAUCAAGACCAGCCAUCCUCCGGCGCGUCUAGAUCACCUUCGCCAUCCGACGCAACGUCUUCAAUCGAAUCGUCUUCUUUAGCACAGCACUCCUCACGCAUGCCAUCCAGAAAAGGCGUCGUGCCUGCACCACGGGUAGCGACCUUCAACAGGGUGGAUGCUAGAUCGAAAGCAUCGGGAUCUUCUGCGCCCUUCCUGACAAAGAAGUCCGAGAGAAGGCCGCUUGAUUUAGACCAAUCUCGGGGUAGUUUGAAGCGCCAGUGGGAUAUGCAUGCGAUUGCGACUGCGUCAUCUCCCUCGACACCCGACUUCAAGAAACCUAUCGGAAAACCUUCGCGUCCUCAACUGGCACUGAAGAAAGCGCGAUCCAGCGUACGAGUAUUGCAUACACACGGGCUGGUUCACAGUUCUAGCACAGACUCGCAACCUUCACGAUCUGAAUUGCCUUCUGAGGCUCCCAGACGUAUUGCAAAUACGUCACGCAAGGCUGAACCCAUCAUUCACAAGGUUGGAGGGUUCAUAAUCCGCGAAAACGCCAAUCCGUUCUCUUCGGACAUUGAAGAGGAAAUGAUAGCCACCGGAAAGCACGGUUAUGUGCCUUCUAAGAGGCCGCGCACAACGGCGCAGUAUCCUAUUUCGAUCACUGAAAGGGAUCCAGAUGAGGCAGUAAGAAUGGAACUCGCGGAGAUCAGGGCAAGGAAGGGUAAAGCGAAGGCAGCACUCAAACGACCCACCCAGAAGGACUUUGACAGCGGGUUUCCUGCAAAAACGGCUCGGACUCGUUUCACGGAAGAUGCCGCAGUCGCUUCGCGUUCGUCAAACCCAACAGCGGCACCUUACGAUCCCACCAUUCCUUCCUCAAGGUCGCUAUCACCCUUGUCGCGGCCCAUAGGCAACUCCGGCAUUCCUUUCUUCCAGCCAAAGCCAAAGGAACGUGCCGACGUGGUGCCCGCUCCAGUCUCGAGGCUCUGCAAGUCGUGCAUGUUACCGCUUCUGUCCGGGAAGUUCAAGAAUUGUGCAGCCUGUCGUGGAAAGGCGCGCGAGAAGAGGGAACAUGCGACCCAGCGGAGGGUUCAGAACGGCUUCGAGACAUUCAUGGCUCAAAUUCGAGCAGAAGUCGCCACUCGCUCACUUGAUAAAGAGCUUGCCCCGGAUGCCAAAGUUAUCAGACGCGCAAGUGUAUGGGCGAGAGCUACUGAAUAUCAGACGGAAGACGACCUUUUCAAGACGCUGGAGAGAAAUCUCCGAACUUGGGAAGAGGACGAGGACGCGUCGGAGUUGUUUGAGUUCUACGGAGGCUACGCGGCAGUCAGCAAGGAGAAUCCUGCUACCCCUGCCCGGCUGGAUGCCUUCGGCAAGCGGGCGCAAUCCUUAGGUCUCCCCAUCGGAAAGUACCAGAAGGGAAGCACGAUGGCCAAGCGCAGCCGUUCUUCUGAUAAGCUCACUGGAGAGCGCCCAUUCAGAUGGGCGCAAACUACAUACUAUUGUGCAUGCGGCGGCUUCGGAGGUGCUGUUGGAGGCAUGCCGGAUCGCUACGCGUGUGGAGGUGCGGUUUAUAUCGCAAUUGAGGUGGCCGACGAGAGGCAGGACCUCGGUAUCACUGGAGAGAACGUGACAAUUAGAUGGACACAUGCGGGCUGA